UUUUAGCAAGCGGCGAACGCGCAACGAAACCUUCUGCAAAAUAAAUAACGCAAAUUGUGAAAUACAAUCAAUCGAAAGUUUAAGAAAUAUAUUUUCGAAACAAUUUGCUGACAUGUGUGCGCCUAAAGGAAACCAAAAACAACAACAACUGCUACUACAACAAUUGCUGCUCCGAAGUGCAGUGCAUAUCAUACAGAACUAAUACGAAGCUAAAAGAGAAAACUCAAGAAAUUGAUUACAGCUGUUAUUAAAUUGAAAGCGUUACGAAAUCGAGAAAGGAAACUCACACAAAAUGCGACAUCUCUGGGCCCAUUGCCUGCUGCUGCUGCUGCUGGUUAGCCAAGGCCAAGGUGUCAAGGCGCUGCCCACGGCCCACCUGAAUCAAAGCUGCCGCCUGACGGCGGCCGAGACGGCGACGGAGCCAGCCUGCAGCGCUGAGCUCAAUCUGCGGCACAUUCAACUGCUUAAGCGGUACAUGCGACCGGAGCUGGAUGCGUGCCAGGACUUUUAUGCGUAUGCCUGCGGCAAUUGGAGGUCGGUGCACAAGAUGGGCGAGUCGGCCAUGUCGCUGAGCGGCGCGCGGAUCGAUCAGCGCUAUGUGGAGCUGUUCGAGCGGCUGUUGCACGUGCCGCGAUCCACGGAGCAUUCGCUGCCCCUGUAUGGGAAGCUGUUGCGCUACUAUCACAGCUGUCGCGCGUUGGGCAAGCCGAGGCUACGUCGCUACUUGGAGCAGCUGCCCCACAUUGGCGGCAAUCACUGGGCCGAUCUGCUGGCGGUGCUGGGGCGCUAUGGCUACCACGAGCACUACGUGAAGAUCGAGGUGAGCCAGCACAAUGCCAGCCAGCACAUGAUCGUGGUGAUGCCCCACAACUACUACCUCAAUCUGAGUCUCAGCGGCAGCAUCUACAACGCCCUGAGGCGGCACACGCACGGCCAGUUGCCCAGCCUGAAGCAGCUGAGUGAGCAGUUCAAGCAGCUCGAGCAGACGCUGCAAGAGAUGGCCCAGCCGCCGAACGGCAGCAGCGACGAGGAAACGGUUAGCACCUACACGCUGGAGCAGCUGCAGCAGGAGCUGCCGGACUUGAAUUGGACGCACGUAUUGCACCUGCAGCUGGGCGCCAUCUAUCCGGGCAGCUAUCAGCUGCUGGCCGACGAUCUGCCGGCGCUGCGACAGUUGAUCAGCUAUCUCAACCGGGCCGAUGCACGGCUCCUGCAGCUGUAUAGCUGGGCGCGCUUCCUGCAGCAUCUGAUGCAACUGCCACACAAUCCGCUCAGCAAUCCCCAGCCCAGCUUCAGUGCUGGCUCAGCGACCAGCUGUGUCCAGCACAUGCGCAAGACUCUCUACCUGGCCAUGAACUUCGCCUACGAGCGGAACUACUACGGCAAGCAACGGCAGGCGGAUGAGCAUGUGAUCUUCGGAGUCUUUGCGGAGCUGAAGCAGCAGUUCGCCCAGCAGCUGCGCCUCAAUGUGCUUGGCCUGAAUGCAACGCUGCUGGACGCACUGCUGGACAAGGUGCAGGGCUUGCGGAUCAAUGUCGGCAAUCUGCCGCGCAAUGUGAGCGAUCAGUUCUAUGAGGAGUGCGUGCAGCACUGGCGAGUGGGCAACGAUUUCUAUGAGAAUCACUUGAACAGUCUGCUCCACUACUACGAUCAUCUGGCCGAGCUGGAGCGCACAGAGGAUGCGGCAAUGCGACAGGUGUGGUUCAGCUUCAAUCAUCAUGGACCCGAGCUGCUGGACAAUAUCGAUGCCACGCCCUAUUUCUACUGCCUGGGCAGCAUUAUAAUAAUGCCAUACGCCUACAUGCAGCUGCCACUAUACGAGUCACAGUUCUGGCCAGCUCUGCUCUACGGCGAUCUGGCCAAUACCCUGGGCCACGAGAUGCUCCACUCCAUCGACACGUACUUUGUGGACUACGAUGCCCAGGGCGAAAUGCGCGACUACAGCGAUCAGCUGGUGCUCAACAAGAACUACUUGAAGGCGGUGAAUUGCCUCAACGACAGCGAGCAUGUGAUGUUGAAUGAACGAAUUGCCGACAUCAGCGGCACACGUCUCGCACUCAACACGUACAUGAAGGACCCGCUGGAGAGGCGCCACAAUGGCCGUCUGUACUUUGUGCAAUUCGCGCAAUUCUUUUGCGGCGAGGAGGCGGACAUCUAUCACGAUACGGGCAGCAAGCGCCUGAACUAUGCCCUGGCCCAGAUGCCCGAGUUCGCUGAGGUCUUCAACUGUGCGCCGGGCACGCCCAUGAAUCCAGUAAGCCGCUGCAGUUUCUGGUAGCGAACCGAUUCGCUAAAUAGUAUAGAUAUAUAUAUUUAAAAUAAAACACUUGGCUCUCUGCAUGGCCUCGUAGCUGGUGUAUAGCUUUAACUAGUUAAGCCAACAAGUAUUGUAAAUAAAAACAAAAAGUAUGCUUAAGUAA